ACAGCUGUUUAUUCUGGCGCUCUUUCAUACGUUCGCUGAAAUAGUUUUGUAUUUCUGGCCGGAAAUGAUGUCCCAAAUUCCGGAUUUGGCCGGCGGAAAUGGGCAACAGAAGCGAAAGAUUCUGAGCGGCGGCGAAUACAAUAAGAUUUGCCGGUUUAUCAACGGCUUCCACGGCUUGGCCAUCGACUGCGAGUUCGAGUUGAGGAAUCGCUUCUUCAGGGACGUGGAGCCAAUGGCAUUGACAUGCAUCCUGCAGUCGGAGCUUUUUAACCGGUCGCGUGGUCACUGGAAGCAGGAUCAGCGCGGGAAAAGGCUUCUCAAAGCCUACGAGGAGCAGAAAAACCUAUACUACGACAAUGCCCUACUGAUCCGAAUGGCUUGUGCCGAAGCACUGAACCCGGUGGCUCUCUGCAGGAUGUUGCUGCAGGAGAAGUACAAGGAUCGGCAUCGAUCGCACAUCUCACAGCUUCUUAGGCAUCCGCAUCUUAUCGACGAUCCCAAGCUGGCGGCCAAUGUGCAGCAGUGCAUAGUCAGCGACAAUCAAGAGGGAUCCAUAACGGACCUGCGACGCCGCAUAGUUGGCGAGGAGUACGAGCUUAAGCUUAAGAAUCUGGCUAAGGAGGCGGGUAUCCAUUUCUACGACGAGAAAGAUUUGCGACGCAUGGGAUAUGACAAGACGCCGGACAUCAAGAUGAUCCUGCCAUUUCUUUACAAAGGCUCUGUGAUCAACUGGAUCGAGAGCAAGGCCAAUUUUGGGGACACCAAGGGACACAAGUCGAACAUCCAACAGCAGCUGCAAAGCUACUGCAAUCGUUUUGGUCCUGGAAUGAUAAUCUAUUGGUUUGGGUACCACGAGGAAACGCCUGCGCUGCCGGAUAACAACAUUGGCAUUACAGUACUCGCUGAUUUUCCGGCAAAAGAAGAUUUGGUUUUUAUGCAACUCGCGCAUGAAGAAUACUCCGCUGAGACUCCGACAACGAAAGAGGACAGCAGUUCCGGGAGUCAACCUAUUGUAGCUGAAUGUCCAACCAAAGAACUGAAAAAACUUUCAUGAAACUGAAAGUGCAGGGAAAUCGUUAAUGUAUACUUUUUAACUAUAGAACGAAAUGUGCUUGUUAAAACAAUGUACAUAGAAAGCCUAAAUUUUAAGUGGGAUGUUGCCAAAUGUUAAGUAGCAUUGAAACCAUCAAAGACAGGAAUGCUUUGCAUUUAUACACUAACCAUAAGAUUAGACAAUGCUUCUGCAGCAAUAACUUUUCUCUUUAGUUUUAACAAUUAUACUGUUUUUAUUGUAUUUAUAAAUUCUCAUUUACAUGAUGUAUUCAAAGGUUUUUUAGUAAAAAAAUCGUAU